UGGUGGUUUUGAUUAAUAGGUAAUGCGCUAUUGAUUAACAAGCGCUGUUAGAUUUGUACCGUCCAUCAACAACCAUGUCAGCUCUUUGUGACGUCACCACGGGUAGCAUAGAUUUAACAACAAAAGGAUCGCGGCAUUUUAUUUCCGCCGGAACGAGAGAUGGCCCUCGUGUAGCAGCAGUCUGCCAAAAAAAACUAUUCGUACCAGAAAAAUGAGUCUUCAUAAUUUUUGGAUAAUGGACGCAUCUGUUUGCAGUCUGGUGUUCAUGAGUGCUUUUUACGGCGAGAAGACGCGAAAGAGUUUUACUAGCGAUAGCGCGCCUACAAAGAAUGGGAAAAAAACAACAGAGCCUGUAGAGGAAAGCCAAAAGUUGGAACCAGCAAGUCUGCCAUGGUAUAUUCUCCUAAACUUCGCCUACUUCGCUACAAUGGGACUGACAGUUAUUUGCUUACAGUACUACCCGUCAGUCAUGAUCGUUCUUCAACACAUGGCUGUACUCUGUUUUAUACUAGUAGCCUUCACACAGUGGUUCCCUGGCAAAAUUGCCUACUUUGUUGGAAUGUCCUUUGCUUGCCUUUGGCUAGUCUCGGUCAAAACACAGUUCCGCUGGCUUAUCAACAACGUUAUCAUUGCCAUGUUUUCGCUCUUGGCAAGUCACGUCCAAUUCCGCAACUUCGCGUUUCUACAGAUUUUUCUCUGGACGGCGUUUCUCUACGACGUAUGUCUACUCUCUCGAAUGAACGACGGGUCGCCGGAGAUUUUUAGUGUUGGGGAUUGUUCAAGUCUGCUUUGCCAACUCUUCGAGAUGAAUAAUGCGUGGGAAUUACCUGCGGUUUUUACCGUUCGCUUUGGCGAAAACACUACCCACGUGUUUUUAGGAACAGGGGAUAUAGUAAUAGGUGCGAUUAUCGCGAACUUUGCCAUGUCUUUUUUCAAGUCCUUUAAAUGUGUGAUAGGUAUUGUAAGCAGUUAUGGCUUAGCCAUAGCCUUCUUAAGUCAAGUCGACUCCAACAAGCCGUACCCCGCGUUAGUUUCUAUCGUUCCUUGCUGUACUGUUGCUAUCAUUUUAUGUGCUGUCAUUAACAGGAAAACCAAAAGGCUGUUUUCUAUGAGUAUUCGGGAAUGUGAAUCGAAAGAUGAUGAGAGCUUGCUGGUAAUCUGAUCUUUUGUUCGCUACUGGUGGACCUGUUAAUAAAUGAAACAAUAGGCCUUUUCAAAAUAAUUCAAAACAAUCUUACUGUCGGAUCCGUUGUAUCACGACGCCGCAUUUUCAACAUCGAUUUGUUUGUGUCUUUUGGGAUUUUCUGUUCCGCCAGUCAAAUCAUUCUAGGCCAAUUAGAUUCUUGCGAUCUCUCGCCUAAUGCGCAGUUGCCUGGCUUUCUGUCGCGACACUGUCUGGUUUUCGUCCAGAGGAUAGCAAGGGAACUGAACAAAGCGAGACUCUGAUUGGCUCAGAAUGGUUUUACUGACAGAACAGAAAACCAAAACAAAUCGUGUUUUGAAAACGCGGGUCGCGAUACAACGGAUUCGACAGUAAUAGUCUCUUUAGGAAAACAAUCAUUAUUAGUGUUCCAUAGUCCAUAUACUAUCAAAUUGUUUUAGAUGUCCUAUUAAAUCGCAAGCAUACAUACUGUAUAAGAAUAGAUGUCGAUCAAGCUUGAUGGAUAGCUUCUUGCAUUUUGCUAUUAUCUUCCUAAUCCAGGCAGCAGUUUGUUUACAAAGCUUUUCACUUCUCAUUUGCAUUAGUAAUUCUUUUUGAUUUUUCUUGUUUCUCAGCAACCACGUUAAUUUGUUUAAGAAUUUACCAAUUAAAGAUCUAUCAUUUGGAAGAUAAAAGGGGAUUUUACUAUUUUUUUUUUCUGCUUGAUCCUAUUACUGAUGGGCUUUGGUUGCUUCUCCUUAGUUGCUCUGGUAGUCCCGACUUAACCACAGCUAUCCAAGGCUCGCGCCGAGUGAGCCUUGUACUUUAUUGGUAACCGCUGCGUCUGUCCAAAUCCACAAAAUAAUAAAUAAAUAAAUAAAUAAAAACGCUAUGCUAAGUAACUUUUGGCACUCCAGAAAAUAUCCAUACCCGCUAUUGAGGGGGUGGGAGGUAUGACCCCCCACCCCUCUGAAAUUUCCAACCCUCUGGAAAAAGAUAAAUACAGUAACUGUCAAGGAAAAAGGGCAUUUUACCCCCCCCCCUCCCCUCUGGAAAUUCCGGGGCGUUUGAGACCCCCCCCCCGGAAUUUCCACUCCCCUAGAUGGGGGGGGGGGGGUAUGGAUAUUUUCUGGACACAAUUCCUUUUUAUGAUAAUAAGAAUGGAUGCUUAUUAUUGUUCAUAAUUCAUAAAUUAUCAAAGUGAUGUAGACUUUCUGACGUGUUUUUGAAAUAUAAUAAUUCAGCCACGGGUGAACAAUUACAUUGUCAGUGAAUACAAAACAAAAAAAUAAACAAAAUACAAAUAAA